AUGCGUCGCUCAGUUAUUAUCUAUUCGAUACUUUUCACACUUAUUACAACAGUGUGCUCGAAAAGCAUUGGAUUUGUAAACAAUGAAGACGUCGAAAACCCAACCGACUCAAGAGUCACCCCAAGCAUUCCGUUGCUCCACGACGAGGACGUAUCUGACCCGAAACUAAGCGCAAAGAGGAGUUUGUUGGUUCUCAUGCCAACAUCCGAAGAGAAGGAAGAGAUCGACUGCAAAGAAACAGAGGGUCACAGUCAAAAAAGAAAGCGUUGCAAAACUCCGAUUCGUGCAGAGAGGGUUUCUCCGCCUUUGUCUAAAAAAGAAGGGAUUUUAAAAGCGAUACAAAAUCGUUUAAAAUCUAGAGACGAAAUCGUCGGUGCUUCGCAAAGGAAUCCGCUGACGAAAACCGAUGUAUACGACGAUGGGAAAUACAUAUGUUACUGCCAACAGAAAGAGGAUCCCGCAGCCGAAAAAGAAACUGAUCAAACGCUUGACUCGAAACCAUCCCCUAAGAAAAUUAAACCAGAAAAAAAGAUUGACGAUAGAAACAUGCUCGUAGGUAGCAAACAUAAACCGAUACCUACAAACGUUCCUCAUCGACCAAUUUUACCGAAGAAAUUGCAUACCAGUGUUCCACAACAUUCUGCAAAUUUACGUCCUAAAAUAAACCACCCUAUUCUACAACAAAAAGGGCGAGAAAGGAUUCCGUACGUCCCGUACGUUCAUCGCGUGGAUCCUCAGGGAAAGCCAACAAAAUUCAACCUUCCAUUGAAUUCGGCUGCCGUUAAACCCGAUUCGAUCGUUGGCCAACAAGCGCCGAUUGGUCAACAAAGUGAUUUUAACGAGGAUCAACAAAUCGUUGGGCAAUCUCAGUGUCCUUCGAACAUGCUUGGCCAAACUCUGUCCCAAUCGACGGAAAACACUCCAAGGAACGAUCAACAAGAAGCUACCAAUGUUUACGACAACAAUUUACAAUCCGCACACUCGAAUCCCUCCGAGCAGGCAACGGAAAAUUCCAUCGACGAGGAAGAACCAUUUAUCCCCGAGGAUGCUUCGCAACCGGAUGAUUCAAACGUGCAGGCUACCGAGCCAAAAUCAACCCGCCAGGAAAACGAAUACGAAACGACGGGCAGUGGAGGUUUGGAUUACUCUGAAAUCAAGGAGGUAACCAACGCGUAUUUCACUUCGAAAGCGUACACCGAUGAAACUGAAAGUGGUCCAACUGGUUACGAUGAUUUUCAUGUCACCGGCGAGGAUCAAGGUCACAACGUAAACUUGCAGGGUCCUUCGAACACUCCUGAAGAAGAUCAAGCAAGUGGAGAAAGGACGAAAUUAGGCAAUACAGACUUGAAUGGAGAAAACGAUGAAGGAAGAAACGUUGUGUUGGGAGAAAGCAACCCAGAGUCUGCAAACGAUGGAUUAAAUGAGAACAUGGAACAUGAAACUGAAGAAGAAACUGGAAAAGCUUCUCCUAUGGAAGAAACAAUCGGGUCAGUUCACGAAGAUUCAACGCCUCCAGAUGAAACUGACGCAUCCAAAGAGAACGGAGAAGAGUAUUUUCAUAAUGAAGAGACGAUUGAAUCGCCAGAAGAAGAAGCUAAUGACGAAGAGGCUGAAGAGGAGACUUCGGUAGGUUCUUGGAUAGAUAGAUUAUCAUACACUACUGAUUCUGGAAAUGAUUACACGACAGAACAGAAUGAUUUUGUAAAUGAACAAACAACCAAGUAUUCAGAUUCGAAAGAAGAUUCUUCUCUCGUUGGGUCAUCGCUGAAGACGGAUAAUGCUGAAGGUACAAAGGAUGAAUCGCAGCAAUCGCUGCCAUUUUGUGACAAUUCCUUAUUGCAAGGCACAAUAAAAUCGGUAGUUAAUGAUUAUGCUAACGAAGGCUCGUCCGAGGAGACGGUUGGUUCCACGCACAACCAGGAAUUUCUACCGGAAAUCGUAGGAAUUCCGAAUUUGAAGAGUGUUCUGACCAUGCCGCGGAUCGAGCAGAGGAUCAUGGAGAAGGUGAAGGAUCGUUUGUCGAAGAUAAUCACCGUCGACAGAAAGAUCUUCGACAGCGACAAGACGGCCGUCAUGAUCAGGAACACUUUACGUCACAUAUUGUCCGCUGCACCCAUUCCAAAGACGGAACUUCCGCCGAUGACCGUCGAGGAACAUCAAUUCAAAGAUGGAAAAUGGGUGACCAACGCGGUUACUGUUGCAUCAGAAACCGACGAAACUCGUGCUCCAACGAGUUUGGGAAAGGUACAAGCUUCUGUCAGAAGUUUUCUUCGGGAUCCAGCAGUAGGUUUGGAAGCGGCCAAACAUCCUGCCGUCCAAAACAUGAUCGUCGAAAGCGUUCGAAACACUUUCGAGCCAGGAAACGAAGAACCUGUGGACGAUUCGGUGAUUCGAAGCACUCUGAACCAAGAACUGAGCCUUAUGCAAACAGAGAACGAACAAAAUGAAGAUGAUACGAUGACAGAAGAUACACCAGCAUCGGACAGCCUCGACGUAUCGAAUAUUGAUAUGAAAAAGUUAUUAGACAUCGCCAAAGACGAGGCGGGUGUGAAUGACACCGAGGAACAUGAAUCUUCAACUCCGAAAUCCCUUAAUACAGGAAACUCAGAAGUUCAAGAAGACAAUUUGAAUAAAGAGGAUGCUGAGAAGGAAGCCACGGAUGAUGGUGUAGUUGGAAUGGCAAAAGAUGGUAGUUCAAUGACAUCGAACUCGGAAGAACCACCAGAGGUACCAAAUUAUAAAUCCAGCUGCAGUGAAACUCAGUCCAACGUGGCUGUUGCUCCAAGAAAUCAAGAGUCCUCGACUGAUCAAGCAGAAAAUGGUGAAGAUGAGGACAAAGCAUUGGUAGGAAUGGAGAACGUAGGUUCGAAUGAAGAACAGCCUUCGUUCAAAGACGUUGGUUCUGAACACGAUCUCGCUUAUUUGGGGAAAAUCUCUCUGAAGAACAGGAAUGAUGCGGACGAAGUGAAGAGUCUUAAAAAUUCCGAGCUGUAUUAUAUCGGUGACGGCGUGAAGCUACCAUUAGAGAUCCGAAAAUUGAACGAUGGCUCGUACGCUUUAUCGAUAUCAAGGAGAUUCUGUGAACACCUUCUAAACAAGGAAUGUCCUUGUUGCGUGCCUGUGAAAGGUAAUGUUGUUCGCACGGUCCGAAGAAACUCGGACACGAACGAUGAUGACGGAGGAAUCUGGUCGAGCAGGAGGAAAAUAAUCAGCGACGGUGAAUCGACAAGAUCAAUUUUAUCGAACGAACGAAGGAAACGUGAUUUAACCGAUGAAAGCUUGCACAUUUUCUCGAUGCCCGUGGAAAGUUUCGCGAGAAGAUACAAUCUGUCUUUGAAUUUGGAAAGGGCGCAAGCACCGUGGAAUUUAGACGCGAAGAACAAGAUUGAUGAACGUAAGAGGAAUUUGAAAAAUGAAGAAAGGAACAAGGUGAACGUUGAUCAUCUUCGUGAUCUGUUGACCAUUCACGCGAUCUCUGAUAACGAUCAAACGAAAAGGCUAAAUAAUGAUAGAAAGGAGGGUGCAACGAGUUACGAGUACCAAAUGCAGAGAGAAGAGAAGAAAAGCUUUGAUAGGUACCGACGUCAUCGCAACACCGAUGAAAACGUGAACAAACGAGUAGAAAUAGUGAAAAGUAUAUUGAACUGGCUGAAAAAUAUAAUUUUAAAUGCAUCGCCUAAACGAUAAAUGAUUUUUUUUUUUAUGAUUUUUUAUUAUCCGAUAGCAGACCGCGAAGACAGCGAUAAUUUAAAUU